AUGUCCGCAGGCAGCAAAGCAAAGAUGAGCAGUGCCAUAGAGCCCAUAGACAAGCGAAAGAUCUUCAUGCAGUGUUUUCUCUCGAAGGGUAUCCUCAGCGCCACGGAAGUCAAAGAGCUGUUAAUAUUUUGUGGUGUACCAGUAGAGUCAAAGUCAGAUAUGGCUAACUUCGUACUUAGUGUUAAUGCAUCCCUAGCACCUUUCCAUCUUGAAAUCAAGAAAGGCAUUCAGGAGGAUGAUGGAGCCAGUUUUUAUUGUCUGGUCAAUACUGUUGAAAGCAGCAUCUCUCGGAUGUCCUCCACAUACUCCUCCACUGAACUGGAGCUGUUUAAAAAGUUGGUUGAACAGAUUGUGGAAACAGAUGAUGGAAAGCUUGGGUCUCUGGCAGCCUUGAGUUUGACAGAAAAACUGGACAAGCGUAUGGGCAAGGAGGAAGCAGAAAACUUCUUUGACCGGCUUGAAAGAGACAAGUGGAUUAAAAAGGAACUGGAUGGAAAAAUCUCAUUGUCAGUACGCAGCAUCGUUGAGCUAGACCAGUAUCUCAAGGAUAUGUAUCCAGAUGUGAUCCGGAUAUGCUAUAUUUGUUCCAAAUUGUGUUUAUUAGGUGAGAACUGUGACAGUUGUACCAUCAAAAUUCACAAAAAGUGUGCCCGGACACUGUUUGAACAUUGCACAGAGAAACGAUGUCCGGACAAGAACUGCAGAUCUGUGUGGGGAUAA